CCCCAGAAAAAAAAAACAAAAACGACUUUGAUUAGAUUAACGUCCCUUGCUUACGCUGCACCGACUGCCCUGUCAAAAUCCACCCAGCCGGGCCAGAACAGAACUCACACAACCCCACCAGUCCCGCGUCCCAAAACCAGCAGGGGAGGAAGCCAAGGAAAUGGAAGCAGAGGAGAGCAACGGUGAGAAGGAGGUGACGACAGUGCCACUUUCUGAAGUGGUGUCGGAGUGCGUCAAAAGGUGGUUUAGUGACACCCUCAAAGAGGCCAAAGCAGGAGAUGUUAAUAUGCAGAUUUUGGUGGGUCAGAUGUACUUUAACGGCUACGGUGUUACCCGGGAUGCCCAAAAGGGAGGAAUUUGGAUGAGAAGAGCUUCAAGAGUGAGAUCUUCAGUUUGGAAAGUUAGCAAUAAACGCCCAGGUUACAAUGCAAGUGACUCAGAUUCUGAAGAGUUGAUUGGUUAAUAGUCAUCUGAUGAGCAGGGUAAUCGUCUUUAAAUCUAUCGAGAGGGUCCUUGGGCUUUGAUUUAGCUGCUGGGAAAUUGACCUGUGUUGAGUUCCUAUGACUCUACUACCAUUCUUCUACCUCUAGAGCUUGCAUAUUGUUUGUUGUGGUACAUUUAUUUUUUUUUAUUCGUGGCUCAUGGUGGGGAUAACCUUGGCGUCGAAAGGAUAUGAUGGGCAUUUGAUGCACUGAUAUAAAGAUUGAUUGAAAAUUUUGGAUGGAAGCCAUUGACAUUGGAAAUACGCUUUGCCUAGAACAACUAAACAGCUACUCCAUGUAGUAUUUGGCGUAAUCUCUAUUAUUUUGAAGACUUGGGAUGUUGAUAGGUCUAUGGUAUUGAUUGAGUUUCGAGUAUUGAUGCUAAGAUUCCUUUGUGCUAAAAAGAGCUAUGGAAUGUGUGGUUGUGUUGAUAGCCUUA